UAGAGAAAAAACGGUAUGCCCUAUAUAAAAAGUGAUGGUCUAGUCUUGUGACACAAAAUAGUAUUGUGACACAAAAUAACACUUUCUUUUCCUAUCUUCCAAUACCGUGAAAGAGAGGUCAGAGACUGAGAGAGACUCAGACUUGGGUGCUAUUCACUGAGGGAAUCAACUUCACAGAGAGAGAGAGAGAGAGAGAGAGAUCUGUAUGUGUCAGCUAUGAAGGCCGUGCAAUUGGAUGAAUCUGUACACAAACAUGAAAAACUAGAAGAGGGUUAUGCUAAUAUGGAAGACCAACAGGCUUUUGCCUGGUUUUCUAAGCCCAUGGUAGGAUCCAAGAAGCCAAGGACGUCUAUAAGCAAUAAACCAAAGAAGGCUAUCAUUGAUCAUUUGUACAAAAGUGAUGAUGUCAAGUCCUCUGCCAUGGAGCUAGCGGAAGAGGUUCAAGCAUAUCUAGCAGCUGACACCCCUAGCUUUGUUAAAUUAAUGCUUCCCUCACAUGUUACUCGUGGAUUUUGGCUGGGUCUACCAAGAGAUUUUUGCAAAGAUUACAUGCCGUGCCAUGAUUCGAUAAUUACACUGGUAGAUGAAAGAGGGGAAGAAUUUGAAGUAAUUUAUCUAGAGGCUAGGAAGGGACUGAGUGGUGGCUGGCGAAGUUUUUCCAUUGCGCAUAGAUUAUGUGAGAGAGAUGUUCUAGUAUUUCAGUUGGUCCUGCCUUUCAAGUUGAAGGUGUACAUAGUUAGAGAAAUUCGUUUAACUGAAGUAGAUGGAGCUGUUGGGCUGAUGAAAUUAGCUCGCUCGUAAGAGGAUCAAAUUUUGUAACUGCUGCGGAAAAGCAUUCGAAACCAUCUCCGAUUGAAAAGAAUAGCAGGAAGGUAUUGGAUGAUACAAAUGCCAGGAUCGUUUGGAAAAGUCCAGUGUGAAAAACUCAGGCAAUUGGGAAGAAAGCAGAUUUUCAUGAGCUGUUCAUGAUUGCAAUCAAGUGAAAAGCUUUAAGAGUACUUCAACCAAUUUUUUUGAACGUUUAUAUGUAGAUGUUAAGGUCCCAAGUCAUCUUUUAUACACCCAUUAGGCAACUGUAAUUUUGCCAUGAACAGGGUGAUAGCCAUUGGAAAUAUUGUACAUAAUAAGUGCUUGUAAUCACAGGAGAACUUGCUAUAAUUUGAAAUGAUAUAAGUACAAAUUUUCUAA